UCACCACCUUGCCCCCACGUUCCCAAUCGCCCCGCCUGGCUCCCCAGCUCCCCUCCCCUCUGGGCUGCUGUGAGCGCGGAGCCGCGGAGCGUGCUCUUAGCUGGCUGCUCCAGGGGGCACUGUCCUGGCAGAGGGAACUGGGAGUCGCGGCUCCUGAAGGGCGGGUUUGUGUUCCCAGCUUCUCACCGGCUCUUCCCUUUUGCAGCUGCCCGGUGCCCUCGUCUCCUGCUCCUCGCCGGCCUGCUGGCCCUGUCAGCCCCAGUUCUCACCCUGGAAAUACACAACCUGAACAUCUUAAAGGGACCCACCCAUGCAAUCCGGAACAUCCACCCAAAGCACCUGAAGGCAGAUCAGGGGAAAGGGAACCUGCGGCACAGCCGAGCCAGUGACCCGCAGUUACCGGAGGCCCACGUCUGGCCCAAGGACUGCAGCGAGAUAACCUGGAACAGGGUCAGUGGCGUCUUCGUCAUCCAGCCCACAGGAUUCCACCAGAUUGUCGUUUACUGUGACUUGAACAGCACCAGCGAGGGCUGGACGGUCCUCCAGCGGAACCGGCACGACACACAGAUCACCUGGGCUGAGUCCUGGAGCACCUACAAGUACGGCUUUGGCAACGUGCAGGAUGACUACUGGCUGGGGACGGAGUACAUCUAUCGGAUCGCCAAGCAGAAGGUCUACCAGGUCAGGUUUGUCAUCCACGAUUCAUCCGGCACCAUGAAAUACGCAGACUACAACCUCUUCAGUCUGGAAGACGAGUCCAAUGGCUACAAGCUGAGGCUGGGCUCUUACACUGGGACUGCAGGGGACGCCAUGACUUCAAACAAUCCUACCACCGUGCAUGACAACAUGAAGUUCUCCACUAAAGACCUGGAUCAGGACACUAACAGUGGGAACUGUGCGUCUAGCUAUGAGGGGGGCUGGUGGUACUCGGCUUGUUAUUCUGUUCGACUGAACGUCAAAGGGAGCAUCACUUGGGGUGGUUUCUGUAGUGGGAACUGCCAAGCCUCUGCCAUCCUCAUCAAACCAGCGUCCUACUGUUAGUCACCCCUUCCCCACCCUCCUGUCUCCAGUGAGGCCAACCCCUGCUCCACGAAGGGAGGGAAAA